AUGCGGCCUCCAAUGAGAUCUAGUAUUGCAUGCUUACGUUGUAGAAAGUCAAAGAUCAAAUGUGACAACGACAACUCAGGGGCGCCAUGCGACACAUGUAUCAAGGCUGGGCAUAAAUGCGAAUUCCCGGAUCCCACCCCUUUACCUGCUAAGCGGCCAGAGCCGCCUACCUUGCCAAAGCAUGAAAAGGAACCAGGACAUGACCGGAAACGUAUCAAGAAGUUCGAGGAUAUUUUUCCGCUUGAUGGAACCGCGAAAGCCGAAGAGGUCCUUUCGAUGCCAUAUCUGUCAGGGGAUAUAUGGCACCAACUUUUUGACGUCUACAAAUUACACUUCGCUACAGAACUUCCUUUCCUUCAUCUACCCACAUUAAAGGGCGUCAUUCAUGACAAGGAGGUAAAAAAGCCAUCGGCAGAUAUCAAUCUUGUAUUAUUGGGCAUUCUAGCACUUACAGCAAGGUUUCAGCCAGAGCUCGUCAAGUACGUUGCACACCAGGUAUACGACAAGGUCGCUGGCCCGAAAUCUCGCGGUGCUCACCCAAGACCCGACCCGUCAGCUGCGUCUGAAUACUUUGCAAAUGCUCUCACAGCAGCUUUGGGGCCUCUUGAAUCAGCGUUGACCUCGGCCUCUGUGGUUCGGGUCCAGGCUUUUCUAAUGCUCGGUUUGUACAAAUGGAGCCAGCCUAAUGGCGGCUUGGCCGCGUGGAUGUAUGUUGGUGUGGCCAUUCGGAUGGCUCAAGGUCUGAAGCUGGGUUUUGGAGACAGGACCCCCCGUGGGAAAAGAGGUUCUCGACCACAUCGAUCAAUUAAGUCGGCACAGCUUCCCACAGAGUCUUGGAAAGACCAGGAGAUCAGACGGCGUACCAUGUUUAGCUGUUUGAUAAUGGACCGCUUGCUUUCAUGCGGAGCCGAGCGAGUUUCGAUGGUACGAUCUGACGACUUGCAGAUCCAGUUACCAUGUACGGAACACGCCUUUGACCUUGGUCGUGCCGUCUACACCGGUUUCCUCCGGCAGGUUGGCCAAGAAAUGGAGCGCCCUAUUGACGACAGCGUUCUUAGCCGCUUCGUCCAGCUUGCCGACUUUUGGGGAGAUGUUACGAAAUAUAGCUUCGCUGGUGGCCGCCACACAGAAGUAUGCCCGCCUUGGGACGAAAAUUCGACUUUCUAUAAGUUGAACGAAAAGAUCGAAGCGUUUUAUGCACAUUUACCCGACGAGUUUACCUGGUCUAGCUCGAAUUUCUGGAAGCAUGACAACAGCAUGUACGUGUCACUGCACAUGCUGGGCGCCCUCUGCAGGAUCAUGCUACACAGGGAAUACAUACCCUUUAUUGCAAUCAAGUGUGAGAAGCCCGUGGGACCUUUGGACGAGCCGACCUUUGAUCCUACUACCGUCCCCGGCGAUUUUUGGUACCGAAGUGCCGAGCAAGUUUUCAAGGCCGGUCGUGAAAUUAUCGACCUGGUAAAAACAUGCCGCGACAAACUUCCUCAAUCAUCGCUCGUGAUAUUUGCCAUCUGGCAAGCCGCUUUUGUGGGGAUAUAUGCGCGGCAUUAUCCUCAGAUGGAUACCGAACACCAUAUGGUUAGUGAGGAAGAGAUCCACGAGCGGGCUUCAGGAGCGACACCGGACCUCACAAGGACGGGCAACACGGGGAUCGCCUUCCAUGCACUGCACAAAGUUGCCCCUUAUUUCAGCAUGGCAUCGAACUACGUUACCUACUUUAAGGACAUGGAUCAUUAUUUCACCAAGGUCUUCGCCGAUUACACUCAGAGGAACGGGAGACGGAGUGCUGACGGGACCUUGAGCAUCCGACUGGGGUCGGGAGGUGGAGGACUCGAGGAAUGGAGGGCGAAGGCCGACAAAAUCACGAGCAACGGUAUUAUCAUGGACGAGGAUCGAUCUGUUGGGUACGACGCCUCGGAUGGGUCGCGUGCCAGCACUUUGGAACGGAGUUUAUCCAUGGGCACUGAGUACUCUACUAUGAACGCCAGCGGCGUGGACAGCAUAAGAAACUCCCGCCAAGCGCCGUCUUCUUUCACGGCCAUCAACUCUGGCCAUCAUGGUGUGCAAAUUGGGCCGGAUGGGUAUUAUAGCAGCAGCAUUUCUCAACAUUCGCCUACACAAGCAUUCACACCAGGGCCCGGGCUCCCGAAAAACGAGGCCGCGGACACCCCCGAAGGCGGUAGCGGAGAUUGUGCCAGCAUCGAGUCUUAUGUUCAGCAGCAUCAGGGACAGCGACUGGGUACUGCGUUGGAAGAUAUUCAGGAGUUCACAGGUCAAUUGGUUGGGGAGCAGAAUAUCGGAGAUUUGGGGCCGGCGUUCUUUCUAGAGAUGGCUGGCGGCAACCCAUUACCUCAGUUCAGCGAGAACUUUACAUAA